AGGUUAAUCUAUUUUCAUCCUAUGCCCUGUUAAGUGAAGGUCUUUGACCUGGUGACGACCUGGUCGUCUCUGUUGCUUACAGCAUCCCCAGGUUGCUGCCUUAUUAACCCGCUCCAUCACCUCUUGAUCUUGUGCUCCACCCCCUGCUCAGAGAAUCAGCAUGGGAUAAAAACUAAACUAGGGAGUGGAAGAACACACCUGUACAGAGGUGGUGAGUGUCAGAGCCAUGCAGGGCCCGAGGAGAAAGACAAAAGUCCUGGGGACCGUCCUAAUGGUGUUCUUCGUCAUCAUGGUAUUGUCACAUCAUGGAGACCGAGGAAAGAAUCUCAACAGCAAGAUUCGCAUUCCAAGCAAAAAGUUCUGGGGCAAGAUGGUCCCGAGUGAGGCGUACUGGAACCACCAGCAGCAGAUACUGGACCAUCUUAGGAACCCUAUCCUGAAUAGCUCCAAUGGGACUUGGGGUGAGAAGUUUAACAACAGCGAAAAUGACACAGUGAUUCUGAACUCUUGCGAUCCAGACCACAGGGUCUCCACCCAAGUGAAGGACUACAAUUCCCUCCCAACUCGUUUCAAAGACUUCCUGACGUACAUCAGGUGCCGGACUUAUCCCAUGGUGGUGGACCAGCCACAGAUCUGCAAUGACGACCCUUUUCUCCUGCUAGCCAUCAAGUCCUUAGCUCCCCAUUUUGACCGGCGGCAGGCCAUACGGGAGUCAUGGGGUCGGGCCGGCCGCAUGGCUAACAAAACUGUGGUGACUGUCUUCCUUCUGGGUAACGCCACCGCAGUGGACCACUUCCCUGACCUAUCGGAAAUGCUGAGUUACGAGAGUUCUAAGCACAAAGAUAUACUUCAGUGGGACUAUAGGGACUCCUUCUUCAAUCUUACCAUCAAAGAGGUAUUGUUCCUCAAGUGGUUUAACAAAAGCUGUAGUGGGGCCCAAUUCAUUUUCAAAGGGGAUGACGACGUCUUCGUUAACACCCUGCAUAUUCUGGACUUCCUCAAGGGUCUCUCCCCAGCCAAAGCAAAGGAUCUCUUUGUUGGGGAUGUGAUCACCAAUGCUGGGCCCCACAGAGAUAAAAAGGUGAAAUACUUCAUCCCUGAGAGUAUAUUUGUGGGGACAUACCCCCCGUAUGCUGGUGGGGGUGGAUACCUGUACUCUGGCCACUUGGCAUUGCGCCUGCAUGCUGCCACGCAACAGGUAACUCUGUAUCCGAUUGAUGAUGUCUAUACGGGGAUGUGCCUCCGAAAACUAGGCCUAGCCCCUGAAAAACACAAGGGUUUUAGGACUUUUGACAUUGAGGAGAAAUAUCGCAACAACCCCUGUGCCUACAAGAGCCUGAUGCUGGUCCACCCUCGAACACCACAAGACAUGAUUAAAAUCUGGUCUUGGCUUAAUAGUCCAGAUCUUAACUGUCAUUGACACCAUACCAGUGGCCUUUCAGCAACCUCAAAGUUGCUGAUCCAGACGUUGGCAGCUUUAUAUUGUUGUUACUGUUAUUGUUAAUACUUUUAAUGCUAUGUGUGUGUUGUGUUGGAGUUUUCCUUGAGUUUCCUUUCUCUGAGUGGCUCAAGGCUAGGUCAGUGUGCAGUCAUAAUAUGAUUUAAAAUGGCCUGAAUAGUAUUGUAAGGGGAAGAAUGUGUGUCUCUCUCUAUAAUGUGGAAAUCUUGUUUUAUCCUCAUCUGGCAUGGAGUCGCACAUUAAGUAUUGUAUGUGACCUUGCGGCUAGUGGUGUUUCAACACUAGCCUUCACCCUAUAACAGAGUUAGUGUUUCUGUACUGGGGAUAUGGGAACAUGGGUAUGAGGGUCCAGAUCAUUUGGGCUUAGCUUCCUGCCUUCUGAUAUUGAGUAGACAUUGCUAACUGGCUGUUCUGUGAGAACUGACUGGUUUGGCAGUUUUUCAUGACCUUCAUUUUGAAUCUAUUGGUUCGUUACAUUAAAGGUCCAAUGAUUUUCAUUGUUUCACUGAGAUGUUCUUAUCUUGGGUGCUCUUUGUGCAGAUGGGCUUUGCAUCCCCUCAGGCUUUGUUUGCACAGUUUCGAAUUGUUAGCAUUUUUGUCCUUCACUCGCAGUGUUGGAAGUCUGUGAAGUCUUCACUCAAAAUUAAACAUCAGUUUAGUAAUUCAGCACAGUAAAAAAAAAACCCAAAACAUUAAAGUCUUUGAAGUGCCUCAGAUUUUUGUCUCGGCAAGAAAUAUGUACUUAUACUCUUGUGAAAUGUUUUUUUUUUAAGCCUUUAUCUUAUAAGCUCCAAUUGUUCACCGCCAUGGAUAAUAACAUUAACUUUCUGAGCUAAAGGAAUCAGAGCCUGUGGAAUGCAGUUCCUAUCACAUAGAGGAUUCACUUAAGAUAAGAACAUCUUGGUCAAAAGUGAGAUAUUUUGCUGCACUCUCAGUAAGUGUUGAAGUAUUUGUUUAAUUGUUUUUUUCUUUCUCAUUAGGUGAUUCACCGCAUCAUUGUAACUGAAUGCACACUUGCCAUGUGUGUAGAUAUCUAAAGCUGUAUAUGGAUUAUUAUUGCUGUAAUGAAGGUGCUUAGCUGCAGUAGUUUGGUUUGUGUAGGGUUGGAGGAUGCAUCCUUUGAGGCCCCCACACCUAAAGAUGUGUAGCUUUAGCUUAUCUCUGUAUUUUGGUGCUUUUUUGUCAUAUGUUGGUCACCUCCAUUACUUUGUCAGGGAACAGCUGCUUGAAGACAGAAUACUUAUUUCCAUCUGAAGUCUGUUUCUGCUGACUGAAAUGGAUGCUUAGAAAUUCAGUGACUGAAAGUCAUGAAGGAUAACUCAAAAGCAUGUGCACAGGGAGAAAUACAGUAUUUGAUUGUGGAAAGCUUUUGCAGUUAAAAUAGUAGCUACUUCUCCACUUCUUUUUCCACUUGGUAAGAAAUCUGGAACUGCAUUAUUGGUCAGAGCUUGUUUUCCCCCAGAUCCCUGGCCCAGCUUGGCACUCUCAGAGAUACUGUUAUGGUUUUUCACUAACUGUAUAGGGGAGGAGCUUACAAAAGACCUCAUAGCUGAAUUAAAGAUAAAGCUAUCAUCAGACCUCAAAAGUGACAUCUGCUGGACAGGUGUAUACAUACAGUUGUUUUUUAAACAAAACAAAACAAAGCAAAAAAACACUGGAUCCGUUCAUUGUAAUACAACCUUAUCGCAGAGUGACUACACGCUCCAGCUUAGCUGAAGUUCUCUCUUAGUGGUACUGUCACUUGUAAGUAAUUUCUUUAAUAUUCUUGUAGUUUCAAGCUGUCUUUGAGUCCAGACUAGAUGUCCUUUUUCAGGUGAAAAUAAAACUCGUGAAACCA